AUGGUCCCCUUUGACUACUCCAAGCUUCAGCUCGGGCCGAAUACUACACGCCUCGUCCGUCUUCUACCAUCCGAGAAAAACGAUACCCCGAUAAGAUGCGAGCUCAUCAUCUAUAGACUGCCAGAGAGCACUGGUAGAAAGCAUCUCUAUGAGGCGUUGUCCUACGUAUGGGGCAGCCAAACCUUGGUACACCUUCGAGACAAUCAGCUAGAGAGAAUAGUUUGGAUUGAUGCAAUAUGUAUCAAUCAAGGGGAUGAUGAUGAGAAGAGCGAGCAUAUCCCUCUUAUGCGGUCGAUUUAUGCACAAGCUGAUCGCGUUCUUGUCUGGCUUGGAGAGGCUAUGCGGGAUGGUGAUGAAGCACUCAAGACUAUUCAGCGCUGGGCAGCAGCUAGUAUCCCAUGCGAUGAUAGCUUAUUGGAUCCAUGUUCAAGAUUAUUACAGCGCGAUUGGUUCCAACGUACAUGGGUACUCCAGGAGGUUGGUGUCGCCCGAUGCAUUUCCAUCCUCUGUGGCUCCGUUGAAAUAAAUGGGCAUGUUUUCUGUGAAGGCCUCCAACACUCCCUACUCUCUCUGCCAAGCUUUACCUACCCAGUCCUUCACCUGAUUAGGGGCUCGUUUCUCAGACCAAGAUAUGAAAUUGAUCCCCGUGGAACACUUGCUAUAGGUGAACUGAUUGACAUGUACCGCUUUCACAAGGCAACUAUUCUACAUGACAAGGUAUACUCAUUGCUAGGCCUGUGCGUCGAAGAUCCUGAAGAGGUUGGUUUGAAACCCAACUAUCGUCUUCCAUGGAAUGAGGUCUUCAUGCAGGUCAUUAUGCAUGUAUUCCCAAGUUUAUGCUCUGUGGAGACAUGGCCUGGGUCACUAGUUGCUGUGAUCAAAGAAAAAGGAUUGGUUCUAGGUUAUGUUGGCUUUGUUGAUAAGAUCCUUCUCAAGUAUGGUAGUCAACACUUUGAGGUAAAGUACAAUAAUACCGCUCGUGCUCUAGGUUACGAAACCAAAUGGGGCACUAAGUGGAACCUUAACGCUUCUGCGGAAUCAGUGAAGGAAGGUAAUAUUAUCUUUCUAUUGAAGGGUGCCUCAAGUCCAAUCAUCGUUCGACUCUGCAGGGGUUAUUUCACUGUCAUUAUGAGCACAACAGUACUUCAGUCAUAUGACAAUAUGGAAAGGUCUAAUGAAGUUUCCACCCAAAUGGGGUUCCCUGCACAAGGCUCUCUUCGCGACAUCGUUUUGGUUUGGGACAUAUCAUCAGCCGAUGGAAAACAUAAUCAAGACAAUGACGACCAUAAGGAUCUCAUCUACGUGGUACCACAUUACCAAGAGAAAGCUUCCGAGAAGGAAAAAAGACUACAAGGCAUAUCACUCAUCUCAGAAGACAUCAUGAUGCAAAUACUGAAACAAAAUGGGACCAGGGCCCCGGAUAACGAGCUAUACCAGGCCAUUCAACAUCUUGGAGGGAGGAUACCACUCCCUGAGAACAUCAUUGAGGCAGCUGCUGCACGCGGAAGACUUUAUGGGAUCAUAAUUGUGGAGCAGCUCCUGGGUCACUGUGGAGACACCAUACCAGUCUCUGAAAAUGUGGUUGCGGCAGCAGCAGCAAAUGAAGAACUUUUGGGGUUCAUAGUACUGGAGCGGCUCCUGAAAUACUGUGGAAAGAGUCCACCGGUCACUGAAGAUGUGGUCAGGGCGGCAGCAGCAAAUGAAGGACUUUAUGGGUAUGGGAUCAUUAAGAAACUCCUGCGACACUGCGGAGAAAGCCUACCGGUCUCUGAAGAAGUGAUCAAGGGAGCAGCAUGGAACAGGGGAUUCUUCUCUGAAGAUGUGAUCAAGGCAGCAACAGCAUAUAGAGAUAUUUAUGCGAAUGAGAUCACACAGCAGAGCCUGGAAGAUUUUGGAAAGAGUCUACCAGAAUCUGAUGAUGUGAUUGAGGUAGUAGCAGCAAAUGAAGAGGAUGGGCAGGAGCUGCUCCUAGCUUAUGGAAAGUCAGAGCCUACCAGAAUCUGA